CCUCAAAAGUUGGGCUUAUUGCAAGUGUAGUGUAGGGUGACUGUGAAGCGAUCUCAGAGCCAUUGCUGACGUUAAAAUAUAGUAUAGAAUUAGAGUCAGCGAGCGAAAGAGGGGUUUUGGAACGUGCAAGAUCCGGUGCUCUAAUCUCUGCAUUCUGUGAUGGCUCCAAAACCGAUAACGAGUCCCGUCCCCGAUUCGUGGUACCCCACGCUCUCCGUCUUCACCCUCGCCAUCGGCCUCGUCUUAACCGCCUCUUUCUUCAUUUAUGAAGCAACAUCUUCUAGGAAAAGUCGUUCACUUGUUCAGGAGCUGACAACUGGUGCAGUGGCUUCAGUCUUCUUGGGUUUUGGGUCCUUGUUCCUCCUACUUGCUUCUGGUGUUUAUGUCUAAUUUAAACAUUGAAUUGGAUGAAAAUUUUGCUAAGCAGAUAGCUUUAAAUGAAAAAUUGCAUUGGACGUUUUAGUUUGAUAUCCGACUCUAAGGUAUGUUCUUAAUCUAUCGAUAACAAUGUUGGUUGUGUGUAAUGUUCAAGAAGAUUAUGAUAUCUGAGAUAGUUUUCAAGCAUGUUUUUCGGGUAAUUUCUAUAUGCUGAAUGCAGAUGAAUAUCAUGUUUGAUACUCUUGAUAAUAUACAAUAUCUGGGGCCUCUUUGGAAUGGAA